AUGUCGGGGCCUGAAGCCAACACUUUGAUGACCAGUCGGGAUCCAUUCACAAUCGCACACGCUUCUUCCGCCGUCCAUAAUCCUCCGGCACCAGCACAGACCCCGGCGGUUUCGCAGGCGCAGUUGGACCAGUCUAUGCGGAUGGUGUACAGCACAGAUGGCAGUGCCACCGUGUACAGGCCCGUAGGAUCAUCCCCGCAGCCGUACAACCCUGCCCCUGCGGGCGCGGCCACAGUAAAAAAUGAAACGAGUUUGAACUCCGGUGAGCAGAAGCGGAAGAGGGGGAGGCCGAGGAAGUACGGCCCCGAUGGCAGCAUGGCAGUGGCCAUGACGUCAGCCCAGAGGCCCGUCGGCGUCUCUCCGCCGACCAGUGGGACUUUCUCACAGUCUAUGGUAACUCCACCUUCCGUCGCAACUCCUCCGCAGAUGCAGCCACCUCUGGGCAGAUCGGCCUCGCCAACUACCAAAAAGGGCAGAGGUCGACCUCGUGGUUCCAGCAAGAAGCAACAUAAGGAAACUAUGGGAUCAACUGGUGUUGGAUUUACUCCGCAUGUUAUCAGUGUAACGGCAGGAGAGGACGUGUCUUUGAAAAUAAUGGCUUUUUCUCAAAAUGGUCCAAGGGCUGUUUGCGUCCUCUCUGCAAAUGGUUCUAUAUCAAAUGUGACACUUAGCCAAGCUGCAACAUCUGGGGGAACUGCAACUUAUGAGGGGCGGUUCGAGAUUUUGUCCCUUUCUGGCUCAUUUAUGCUAUCAGAAGUUGGCGGCCAGAGGAGCCGAAACGGUGGAUUAAGCAUUACAUUAGCUGGUCCUGAUGGAAGGGUUCUAGGCGGUUGUGUGGCUGGUUUACUAAUUGCUGCAUCUCCUGUACAGGUAAUUGUUGGCAGUUUCAUACCUGAUGGUCGCAAGGAACCAAAACCAGCGAACCAUAUGGAGCCUUUAUCGGCUCCACCAAAUAUCAACCAGGGUGGUGCAAUUGGUGCCAGCAGCUCACCAUCACAUGGGACUCUGAGUGAAUCCUCUGGUGGGCCCGCUAGUCCACUCAAUCAGAGCACUGGACCUUUCAGUAACAAUAACGUUCAAGGCAUGCCGUGGAAAUGA